AAAAAAUACAAGAAUUUUUGUUUGUAAUGGAUACCUACACUAAGAUAACCUCUCCAAACAGUGAUGCUGCUUCUCCAAUGAUCGAGCAACAACGUUAUGCGAAUGAUGCCUUCCAGAAGCAGCAACUGCAACAGCAACAGCAAGAGAUCAAUGCUACUGUUUCUGAUCGAGCUCUUAGAAACCAUCUGCUCAACCCUUCUUUUCUAAGAAAAUAUACGCUGGGCCAUCAAGAAUUGGGCCACGGUGGUUUUGGAUUCGUUGUCACUUGUUUUGAAAAACUGACGGGAAUAGAAAGAGCUGUCAAAUUUAUUGUCAAAGAUAAACUACCUUCUGUCAACUGGGUCCAGUGCCCUUUAACGGGAAAUGUGCUACCGCUAGAGAUAUAUGCGUUGAAAUCAGUGAAGCACCCUAAUAUAAUUCAGUUUCUUGAUUAUUAUGAGGACCCUAUCUACUUUUAUCUGGUGAUGGAAAUACAUGGCUCACAAUGGCAGCACCAAGAAGUAGAAUCGAUAACUACAACUAGCUCUUCCGAGACAAAUGUCUCUUACGCUACAACAUCAGACUUGUCUGACCAUCCUCCACCACCUGAAUUAUCUGAAUCAAAAUCGACUACCACCAUGGCCAGUGGCCGGAGCAGCAAUAGUAGCAGCAGUAUGAUUAGCAGCAGCAGCAGCAGCAACAGUGACAAUGAUGAUUUUGAUGAAUUUGAAGCAAAAGAUAAUGAGAGUGAUGAAAUGAGUAACAACCACAUGCAUUACAAAGCAAAGUCAGAUACGAUAAAUCGUUCGCCCAUGACUUCUUCCGUUCGACAGUUUGUAAGACGCACUUCUUGCGACUUAUUUGAAUGUAUUGAACAGCAUAAACAAUUUGAAGAGCCCUUAGCCAAAUACAUCUUUAAGCAAGUAGUGGACUGUGUUGCCUAUUUAGAGUAUGUAGGUUUGUGUCAUCGAGAUAUUAAAGACGAGAACAUUGUUAUAGACAAAGAUUACAAGGUCAAAUUGAUCGAUUUCGGUUCAGCUGUUCUACUACCUAAGGAGUACACCGACGCUCGUCAUUAUUUCACUCGCUUCUAUGGCACACUUUCAUUUGCUUCACCCGAGAUUCUUUUAUCGCAACCCUACAAAGCAGAACCUGCAGAGAUUUGGUCGCUGGGCAUCUUACUGUUCACAUUGAUCUUUGGCGAGAUACCCUUCCCGGACACGCAAUCCGCUUUGAGGGGUUGUAUGAUUCAACCGCGUUCUGCAUCCACAGCAUCCCCACCCUUAGUUGAGACUAUCUCUCUAGAAUGCCAGCACUUGAUACAACUUUUAUUGCAAAGGGAUCCAGAGAAAAGACCUACCAUCCAUCAAGUAUUAAAUCACCCUUGGUUCAAAAGACAUUAACAGAGAACACCGGUGUGCUGCUUGUCGAUGAACAACUAUGCGAAGAGCCUAUUAUAC